AUAACAAAUGAUUUCCCUUGCAGCUAUCAUGAAAUUCCUAACAGUCUUUGCGGCCAUCUUGGCCGUGGCCUUCGGCUCCCAGUCCCACUGGACCCUGGACCAGCUCUCGGAGGCGCUGGAGAGCCCCCACACCAACCCCUCCCUGGUGCCAAUCCUGGAGCAAGCUCUUAACUCCUACAUGGAGGCUAUGUUUGCCGGCCAGAGCCACCAAUACAUCAGCAUCACCACGGCUGCUGUUGACCUGUCGACCUGGACUCUGCCCGAGCUGUCGGAAGCCGUGGAGAACCCCAACACGAACCCCGCCAUCCUGCCCUACUUGGAGAACGCCCUUAAUGGCCUCACGAACGCCAUCUUGGCCGGUGAAGUUCAGGCUACCACCGCCCAAGUCGCCGUGGAGAUCCCCGCUCUGGAGAUCUCGUACUGGACCCUGAAGGACCUGGAGCUGGCCUUCGCGAGCCCCGCCACCAACCCCGCCAUGAUCCCCUACCUCGAACAGGCCCUGAACCACAUCAUGAACAACCUGUUUAGCGGCGUGCAACAGACUUCCAUCGUCCUGGCUAUCCCCGCUGCAGUCGCUAAACCCGUGCCCGUGGUGCCCGAGGUGGUGGUCGCCCCUGAGGUCAUCGACCCCGUGCAGGUGGUCGACGAGGCCCUCCCCGUGCCCACCCCAGUGGUGGCGCCCACCCCUGUGGCCCCCGAAACCCCUGUCGUCUCUGGAAGCCCCCUUGUCCAGAUCAUCCUGAACAUCAACCAGCAGUCUGUGACCCCUGAAGCCGUCAUCGUGCCCGCUCCCGUCGGCGAAGGCGAGCCUUUCGAGAACCCCCGCCCCCCCGCGCUGGUGGACCCCCGCCCCCCCGCGCCCGUCAACCCCCGCCCCCCCGCACCCGUCAACCCCCGCCCCCCGGUGCCAGUUGUCGUUCCAGAGGUCGUAAUCCCUACCCCAGUGAUCGACUUCAACCCUAUUGACGUCAUCGCGGUCAACCCUGAGCCCGUCAACCCUAUCGAGGCCAUCGCCGUCGCCCCCCCAGAAGUCAACCCCGUGGACUUGAUCAACCCCGUCAUCGUACCCGGAGUCGUUAUUGGUGCCCCUGACUUUGGACCCAUGUAAAUAUAUAUAUAUAAAAAAAAAAAAACAAAAAAUGUACAUAAUAAGGUGAUAAAAUUUUUACCAACUUUUUCAGCAAAUACACAGACUUU